AUGUCUGUCCCGCCACUUACUACCGCCAGCAAACAACCGGUGCUCAUCAGCGUCCAGAGCUCCGAUGUGAGAAUCGCUAACUCGAGUAAUCACGGAGUCGCAUGGAGGGUAACGUCUACAGAAGGCAUUGCAAUGGAGCCGAGUUGUGGUGUGCUGGCACCGCAGGAAUCCAGUGAAAUGAAGGUUACACGUGAGAAGGACAGCAACAAGUCGAACUUCCCCUACGAUCGGGUAGGCAUUGAGUGGAUCAAGGCUCCUUCUAAUGUCCGUUAUGAUGAAGUCGACGACGAAUGGUUCAAUGGUAACGCAAUUGUUCAUCGAAAAAACUUCAGUAUUACUGAUGAAUAA